AUGAGGGAUUCAGGGGGUAACAAGUGGAUGCUGUCACAGCCCUGCCCACACCCUGUGGCCUUCACCAUUCCCAAGCUUCUGCUGCGACCCCUGGACACUGGGGCAUUCACAGGCAGACCCUCAGGUCCUGGCCUGCCCCGAGCUCGGCAGACCUGCGGGGCCCCCAGCGAGGAGAUGCUGGCAGAGCUGGAGUUCUGUCUGCUGCUGGCGGUGACACUGCUGAGCCCAGUCCCCAGGGCCCAAGCCAUGAAAGGUGUCAAAUGUGGGGGUGUGCUCUCAGCACCUUCUGGAAACUUCUCCAGCCCCAACUUCCCCAGGCUCUACCCCUACAACACGGAGUGCAGCUGGCUGAUUGUGGUAGCUGAGGGCUCCUCCGUGCUGCUCACCUUCCACGCCUUCGACCUGGAGUACCAUGACACCUGCAGCUUCGACUUCCUGGAGAUCUACAACGGGGCCUCCGGGGACCAGGGCAACCUGCUGGGGAGGUUCUGCGGCCAGGUGCCCCCGCCGCCCUUCGCCUCCUCCUGGCACGUCAUGUCUGUUGUCUUCCACUCAGACAAGCACGUGGCCAGCCGAGGCUUUUCCGCGGGCUACCAGAAAGGCAAGGGGGACUUGGCAGUGAGGGUGGCCCUGGGUGUCAAAUGUGGGGGUGUGCUCUCAGCACCUUCUGGAAACUUCUCCAGCCCCAACUUCCCCAGGCUCUACCCCUACAACACGGAGUGCAGCUGGCUGAUUGUGGUAGCUGAGGGCUCCUCCGUGCUGCUCACCUUCCACGCCUUCGACCUGGAGUACCAUGACACCUGCAGCUUCGACUUCCUGGAGAUCUACAACGGGGCCUCCGGGGACCAGGGCAACCUGCUGGGGAGGUUCUGCGGCCAGGUGCCCCCGCCGCCCUUCGCCUCCUCCUGGCACGUCAUGUCUGUUGUCUUCCACUCAGACAAGCACGUGGCCAGCCGAGGCUUUUCCGCGGGCUACCAGAAAGAUGCGUGUGGUGGCGUCCUGACGGGCCUGUCGGGGGUCCUCACCAGCCCCGAGCACCCCAACAACUACCCCAACAAUGUGGAGUGCCACUGGGUGAUCCGAGCCUCUGGCCCCGCCACCGUCAAGCUGGUCUUCGUAGACUUCCAGGUGGAGGGCAGUGAGCAGUGCACCUACGACUACGUGGCUGUGCUUGGGGGGCCCGGCCCCGCCCGUGGGCACCACUACUGCGGCAGCUCCAGGCCCCCCACGCUCGUGUCACUGGGCCACGAGCUGCAGGUGGUCUUCAAGUCUGACUUUAACAUCGGGGGCCGGGGCUUCAAGGCCUACUACUUCUCAGGAGAAUGCCAGGAGGUAUACACGGCAGUGCGGGGCAACUUCUCCAGCCCACAGUACCCCAGCUCCUACCCCAACCACAUCCGGUGCCACUGGACCAUCCGCCUGCCUCUUGGCUACCGGAUCAAAGUGUUCUUCCUGGACCUGGAACUGGAGGGGCCCAACAGCCUGACCAGGACCUGUGACUUUGACCAUCUGGCAGCCUUCGACGGGGCCAGCGAGGAGGCUCCCCUGCUGGGCAGUUGGUGUGGCCACCACCUGCCACCACCGGUCACCUCGAGCCACAACCAGCUCCUGCUUCUGCUGCACACAGACCGUAGCACCACCCGCAGGGGCUUCUCUGUGGCCUACAUUGGAGUGGUCCCCAUGAACGUGAGUUGCUCCCGCACGGACUUCCAGAUCCUGAUCUCCGCGCAGGCACUGGCCCCUCUAGAACGGACCAAAGUCUACCUGGGCAGCCGGAGCUGUGCUGCUCAGGAAGUCGGCAGCAGCUUCCGGAUCCAGGCCCGCUUUGACACCUGCGGCACUGAGUCUCAGAGAAGAAAUAACACUUCAGUGAUCGUCAGCGUGCUGUACAUCGACUUCUCAGCUGGUGGGCAGGAGGAUAUCCACGAAUACGAGGUCCGCUGCGAGCCGAGGCGAAAGGAGGCCUCUGUCCACCUGCUGUCCGGCUCCCACUGGCUUGGGCCCUAUGCUGCCACGGCAGAGCACCUUCAGGAGGCACCACCCAGGGACGAGGCAGAGACACUGGAGGGCCCCGUGGCCAUGGUGGCCCAGGACACCAGUGACAUGGUCUUCCUGGGCCUCUGCAUCCUGGCUGGGGUCCUCAUGGUCAUUGCCAUAGUGGUCCUGAUGCUGCUGUAA